GCUAAGCGCGAUUUAAAAAAAAGCUAUAAAAUCUCGAUUCAGAAAAUCUUUUAUUUAUAUUGCGUUUGUGUCCGCGGGUGUAUGGUUGUGUCAGUUUAGUGAGCCAAAGUUCAGUCUUUUUUGUUUUGCAAAUCAAGUUUUUAUAAAUAACCAAGCUAUAAUUCAGAUAAAACAUGGAACCAAUCGUUCCUAUUGCAACGGAGUUUUAUUCCAAAGAAAAUGCGAAAAUCAGCCAUACCGAUAUGUACCAGCUUUUAGACAAUGAAGAGGAUGAAAGUGUGAUUUUACGAAGGGGGACUAAUUUUAUUUUUGCUAUACGAUUUGACAGGGACUUUAUGCCUGAGCAAGAUGUAGUUAGAGUCAGAUUUGCUAUAGGCCCAACACCUAACAUAUCAAAAGGUACUAGGGUAAUUCUACCAAUAUCAGCCAAAAAGCGCCACCUACCAAAAGAACUUAACUAUUGGUCCAUAUGCCUCCAGUCGAUCCAAGGAAACGUCAUUACUGUACAAGUCAACAUUUCCCCAUAUGCUCCUAUAGGAAUUUGGAAGUGUUCCUUACAAACCAACAUUGCUGGAACUAAAGGGAGACGUGUUGAUUAUGAUAUUCCUCAUGACAUCUAUGUGCUGUUCAAUCCCUGGUGUCCUUUGGAUGGGGUUUAUAUGGAAAACGAAGUAGAAAGGCAAGAAUACGUUCUUAAUGAAUCUGGAAAAAUUUGGUGCGGAACGUUCAAGCAACCUACAGGAAAACAUUGGGUUUUCGGACAAUUUAAUGAGUCUGUUUUGCCCGCCAGCAUUUUUUUACUGGAAAAGUCUGAACUGCCACAUUCCCAGCGAGGAAACCCGGUACUGGUUACAAGGUCACUUUCCGCAUUGAUUAACUCACGCGAUGACAAUGGCCUUUUAGAAGGUUGCUGGGAUGGUGUGUAUGCAAACGGUACCUCUCCCUUCUCCUGGACUGGUUCGUUUGCCAUCAUGGAAGAAUACUUACUAUCUGGCGGAAAACCUGUGAAAUAUGGUCAAUGUUGGGUAUUUUCUGGGACAACGGUCACCAUUUGUAGAUCCCUCGGGAUUCCUUGUCGGUCUACGACCAAUUAUGUCUCAGCUCAUGAUACCGACUGUUCUAUGACCAUCGACAAAUAUUUUGAUAUUUUUGGAAAUUUGAUCACUGACAGUGAAUUGAUUAAUUGUGCAGAUAAAUGUUGGAAUUUCCAUGUUUGGAACGAUGUGUGGAUGGCAAGGCCUGAUUUGCCACCGGGCUACGGAGGUUGGCAAGUAAUUGACGCCACGCCCCAGGAAACGAGUGACAGAGUAUAUAGGUGCGGACCUGCGUCUGUUAGUGCAAUUAAAAAAGGUGAAGUGGGGUUUCUUUAUGACACCCCCUUUGUUUUCUCCGAAGUAAAUGCUGACGUGGUUCAUUUCAAAGAAGAUGAAGAUUCGGAGAGUGGCUUUACUAAAUCUUCCUUAAAUAAAUACCACGUUGGUAGAAAAAUUGUAACAAAACAUGUCGGCCCAACCGACCAUAACGGGGAUAGCGAUAUGUAUGAUAUAACUGAUGACUUCAAAAAUCGAGAAAAUACCCGUGAAGAGAGAAUGGCUGUCUUAAAUGCGAUCAGAGGUGUACCGGCCGCCCAGAACAUCUAUGACCUGCCUUUAGAGGAUAGUAAUGAUGUUUUUCUGGAUUUGGUUGAUAUUGAUGCCGUACCUAUCGGUCAAAGUUUUGAUGUGACGGUUAUUAUUGAGAAUAAGUCCGCAGAAGAGAGAAAUGUUUCCAUGGUACUAAAUGCCUCUUCAGUAUUGUAUAACGGUAUAAUGGCCAAGGAAAUUAAAAAAGCCCGAAAAAUUAUAAAGGUUCUCCCAGGGGCCCGAGAAACUUUUAAAGUUACAGUUCAACCAGAGGAUUAUCUGGAUAAAUUAGUGGAACAAGGACUGAUAAAAAUUUACGCUUUGGCAACUGUAGAUGAAACUAAGCAAACAUGGAGUGAAGAGGAUGAUUUUACUAUGACGCUUCCAACAGUAACAAUUAAUUUACCAGAGGUAGUUGGUGUAAAUGAAGCUUGUGAUGUUCAAUUUAGUUUUACUAACCCCUUAAACAUGCCACUAACACAAUGCACGUACACCAUAGAAGGCCCCGGACUACAGAUGCCAAAAAGUCAUAAAUACCGAACGGUAAUGCCCCAAGAAACGGUAACUUUACAACAUACAUUUAAAGCAAAAAAGGCUGGAGAAAGAAAUAUCGUUAUUAGUUUUACUAGCAGUGAGAUUCGAAAUAUUAACGCCUCAAAGAGUAUUAGAAUCCAGAAUUAAUAUUCGGUGAACAUUUUGUAUGUUAAGUUUAAUGCUGUAAGUAAUAUUUGUAAAUUAUUUUUUAUACGUUAACGAUAGCUAUUUAGUUCAAAUUAGAAUCAAAACGAAGAUGUUAAAGGGAUAUAAUAAGUCAAGAACUUUUGAGAUUCUUUUAAUAAUACCUAUCAAUAGCUUUAGUAAGUACUUAAUAUACCCAUUAAAUUGCUUUAGGCUGAAAAUUAUAUAUAUUACGUCAAAAUUAAAAUAUUAUGCAUUUUAAUUCUGUUCUAUCUUAAAAAAAAUAAAUGUAUUUUACAUA